CCCGGCUCCCUCGCUCCUCAGCCCCGCCCGCCGGCCCUCGGAUUGUUCGCAGCUGCUGGCUGCUCGCGGCUCGCCCGCGCCGGCUGUGUGCCAUUUCCCGGCCCCUGUUCCUGAGCGCUCUGCCCCUGCGUCCGGGAGGGGGGCUGCAGGAGAGCGGCGCGGCGUCUGGAGGGGCAGCCGGGCCGAGCGCGCGAGGAGGCGCCCUCUGCGGUCACCGCCGCCCCGCGCGAUCCCCGCGGCCGGCCACUUUCGGACGCGGACGGCGAGCGGGCCCGGGGACAGCCCGGCCCCAGGAUGGCCUCCACCACCACCUGCACCCGGUUCACGGACGAGUACCAGCUCUUCGAGGAGCUCGGAAAGGGGGCUUUUUCGGUGGUGAGAAGAUGUAUGAAAAUCCCUACUGGUCAAGAAUAUGCUGCCAAAAUCAUCAAUACCAAGAAGCUUUCUGCCAGGGAUCAUCAGAAACUGGAAAGGGAAGCUAGAAUCUGCCGUCUUCUGAAGCACCCCAAUAUCGUGCGGCUGCACGACAGCAUCUCGGAGGAAGGCUUCCACUACCUGGUGUUUGACCUAGUUACCGGGGGAGAGCUGUUUGAAGACAUUGUGGCGAGAGAAUACUACAGCGAGGCCGAUGCCAGUCAUUGCAUACAGCAGAUUCUAGAAAGCGUGAACCAUUGUCACCUGAACGGCAUUGUGCACAGGGACCUGAAGCCUGAGAAUUUGCUUUUAGCCAGCAAAUCCAAGGGAGCGGCUGUGAAACUGGCGGACUUCGGCCUGGCCAUAGAAGUUCAAGGAGACCAGCAGGCAUGGUUCGGGUUCGCGGGCACGCCCGGCUACCUCUCCCCAGAGGUCCUGCGGAAGGACCCCUACGGGAAGCCAGUGGACAUGUGGGCCUGCGGCGUCAUCCUGUACAUCCUGCUGGUGGGGUACCCCCCGUUCUGGGACGAAGACCAGCACAGGCUCUACCAGCAGAUCAAGGCCGGCGCUUACGACUUUCCGUCCCCGGAGUGGGACACGGUGACCCCUGAAGCCAAAGACCUCAUCAACAAGAUGCUGACCAUCAACCCCGCCAAGCGCAUCACCGCCGCCGAGGCGCUCAAGCACCCCUGGAUCUGCCAACGCUCCACGGUGGCCUCCAUGAUGCACAGGCAGGAGACGGUGGACUGCCUGAAGAAGUUCAACGCCCGCAGGAAGCUGAAGGGCGCCAUCCUGACCACCAUGCUGGCCACGAGGAAUUUUUCAGCAGCCAAGAGUUUGCUGAAGAAGCCGGACGGAGUGAAGAUAAACAACAAAGCCAACGUGGUAACUAGCCCCAAAGAAAAUGCCCCUCCCCCGGCGCUGGAGCCCCAAACCACUGUAAUCCACAACCCUGACGGAAACAAGGAGUCCACGGAGAGCUCCAACACCACGAUCGAGGACGAGGACGUGAAAGCCCGGAAGCAGGAGAUCAUCAAAGUCACCGAGCAGCUGAUCGAAGCCAUCAACAACGGGGACUUCGAAGCGUACACAAAAAUCUGUGACCCAGGCCUUACUGCUUUCGAACCUGAGGCUUUGGGCAAUUUAGUGGAAGGAAUGGACUUCCACCGAUUCUACUUUGAAAAUGCCCUGUCCAAGAGCAGCAAGCCGGUGCACACCAUCAUCCUGAACCCCCACGUGCACCUGGUGGGCGAGGACGCCGCCUGCAUCGCCUACGUGCGGCUCACCCAGUACCUGGACGGCGGCGGCCUGCCCCGGACCAUGCAGUCCGAGGAGACCCGCGUGUGGCACCGCCGGGACGGCAAGUGGCAGAACGUGCACUUCCAUCGCUCGGGGUCGCCCACGGUGCCCACCAACUGAGCGUCCGCAGUGCCACGCCGGCGUCGUGUCUCCGGGCCCCUGGACACCCCUGCCUGCCUGCUCGCGUGCGUGAGGCGUGGGGGCUGGACGUGGGGCCUGCGGGACACGCGUGUCGCCUCGCCGCCACCCUCCCGCCCGCGUCCACGCCUCGCCGCGGGCGCCGUGCAGACCGCAGGGGCCGCCCGGACCCCGCCCUCCAGCCUGCUCGUCGCUUCUGUCGAUGCCAAGAUUGGACAGACCCCCACGGCUGUUCUCACGGGGACGGCUUGUAAGGAAAAUGUAAAUUUUUAAAAACUCUUCGCUGCUGAUCUGUGUUGGCUUGUUUGACAACAAGGG